CAAUCUGCCAAGUGUUCAUCCAGAUAUAUCUAUUUAUUGUGAUAAAUUAAAAAAAUAUAUAUAUAUAUUAAAUAGAUCAAAAUGAAGUAAACUAUUUUCGGGUAAAUUUUUAUAAAGUAGCUAUUUUUUUAAAUUUAUUUCUAACAUGUAUUAUCUUAAUGUUACCAGACAUACAAUUAUUUGUUUCGUUGACAAAUAAGCCGCUUUAUGGCACCAAGCAAACAGAAUGAUAAAAUUGAACUUUAUUACGUUCUCAGCUGGGCAAAAUUUUAUUUAUAUAUUUAUAUUUCAUAUUUACUGCAUCAAUCUAAAAUAUAUAUUUUUACACAUAACUUAUAUCACUUAGUCGUUUAUCGAAAUUAAAUUUUGUAGAUGUUUUAAAUAAUUAAAAUGGUCGACUUGGUGACUGUAUGGCCAAGUCAAGCAGAGAAGAUCAAUUUGGAUAGGUAUUUUAUUUUUCGUUUUUUUUUCUUCUUUUUUUCUAUCCUUAAAUCAGUUAAUGUUGAAGAAAAAACAACAACACCUACUAAUUUAUAUUUCUUAUAUUUGAUCAUUAAACGCAUCAAUCUAAAAUAUUUUGUAACAUAAAUUAUAUCAUUUAGUGCUGUAUCUUAAUUAAAUUUUGUAGAUGUAUUAAAUAAUAAAAAAAUGAUACCUUGUUGACUGUGUGGCCCAGUCAACAAGAAAAAAUCCACCUGGAUAGGUAACUAUUAUAUUUUUAAGUUCUUUUCUUUUUCUUUCCUUUUUUUAAAAAAAAUUGGUUAAUGUAGAAGAAAAAAAAAUAACAAACAAAAAAUGAAUUGUUUAUUAUGACGUCCUUUCUUAUCUGCAACAGAAAGUAUGAUGAGCUGCAUCUUGGCGAGUGACAUAGAAUUUUAAAGACAGUGAUGAAGAGACAGUUUGAAAGAGGCUAUAUAAAUAUUUUCUAAAGGUAAUAAUCACCGAGACGGAUCAAACAUCAUCUCCCCUAAUGAACAAGAUAAUUGUAAUUUAAGUUACAAAGUCGAUCCUCUCUUGCAGUUUAUGAAACAGGAACCAUAACGAACUUCAUAUUUCCACCUACACACUCGAUAUUUUAAUAUUUAUCUAUGCAUUUUUUAAAUUAUUCUCAAGUUUUAUGACACAUGUUUCUGUACAUAGUUACUUGUUACUGUGCUACCAUAUUACUAUUGAUUGUUCCCAUCAAUACAAGACGUGUUUUGUUUGUUAUGAUUGUAUCCCAGCAAAAAUAUUGAUUCAACAUUAAAUGUAUAAGUGACUUAUGCUUCGGUCAGUUAUUAUUCGAUAAGCUAUGAGGGGGAUUUGCUACAGCUAUUGACGUUCGGGUACGAACAAGUUUUUAUUUGAAUAGAUACUGUCGCUGUAGUAAAUGAUAUUUCUAUAUGCAUGAAAUCCACUCUAAGCUAAAAAUUACAGCAACGAUCUAUGUGUGUGUGAUGAGGCGUGAGAUAUUUGAAGUGCAUGCCGGGCAAACAACGAGCUGUGAUGUUUUCCGAUUACCUUCAGAAACGAAUGGACAAACAGGUGGGAAAUUGAAUGUUUUAAUCAAGCUUUUCUCGUCUUUCCUUUUUUUUCUGCAGUGGAAUGAAAUAUAAUAAUAUAAUAUCCAAAUAUAACUUAAGAAAAACUCUCAAGGCCUACAUAUUCAAACUAAAGUGAAUGACAUUUCAAUUUUUCUGUUUUUAAGGUAGCGUGCGAUUUAAAAAACAACGCACCAUAUCAUUAAACCUGUCAUUAACAGUUAAAACUUAUUAGCGAUUUAUAGUUUUCAUUAAGGAAAAAUAUUAUUUUUCAUAUACAAUUUUCACCAACGUUAUCAGUGCCAUUAUGUUAAAUAUGAAAAGUAAAGAAAGCAUCCAACAUACUAGUAAACAAAGACACACAUAUUUAAAAGAUUAGAUUUCAAUUGAACGCACGAUUCAAAAACGUAUCGCAUUGUGUUUCGGAUAAUACGAUGAAACAAGUUUGUUUUUUUAUUGAUGACCAGCAUUUUUUUCCCCUCAUUCAAAGAUUGUAAUAAUAGGACGCCACGUAAUCAAGGUGUUGUUGCCCGCGAUGAAUUAUACGAUUCGCCUGAAUACUUUUUUGUAUUCCAAAGGUUUGUAAGCUCUACUUCUCUGAACUUUUAGAAAUGUGUUUUAUCUAUUAUAUAUGUAUAUAAAAUGGUUGAUAUUUUUUACAUCUGUCUCUCAAUGUCUGUAAUUAAAACAGUGUCCAUGCUAUUUAAUUCGCAGAAUUGCUUUAGGAUUAUCUCUUGUGGCCGCUACGUUGGUCGCGGUGUCAUUUGGCCUGGUACUUCAUAACACCUGGAAGGUGAGUCCGCACUCAGAGGCCGCCCAUGAUGGCGUUCAUUGACACCUAGAGUUGAAAUGUGAGCGCACUUAAACGUAUUUGAAAAAAAAAAUAAUUAAAUGUUCGAAUUUUUGUUCUUUGCGCUGUCUUUUUAAGCUAAAUCAAUAAAGUAAAAACAAAGUAGACCAUUCUCAGGGUGGGAGCAAUGAGCUGCAUUCAUACUCUCUUUGGAUUGUUUCUAAAUCAAUGUAAAAAUUUAAUAGUGAAAUCAAAGAAACUUUUCUUUGCAAUCAGAAACCACACUGUCGUUGUAAGUCUGAUAUUUGUGAGGUGGCUUUUUCAUAAUUAUUUUGUAAAAAAAAAAAAUAGCUUUAUAAAAAAAAAUAUUUGCAUUUAUGUGUUUAAAACUCUUGUCGUUUUCUUUCAGACAACCGAGGGGUACAGACGAGACUCAGCAUAUCAAACAUGUGUUUAUAAAAUUCAGCGACAAUUUGAAUUUCGAGAUAAAACAGCUUUCCUAGACGAUAUGUUGAACUGUAAAGAAAUAUACUCUAAAGUGAAGAACAUAUCAACCCUAGUAAAUUACAGUAAUGUACGUUCCACGACUCUGAGAAAGACAGAUACGUUUUGGCUCUUAGGCAUUGGAAAAAACAAGCAUCAUGCUGGAUUUAAAAAAUAGCGUGUUUCUUUUGUUUUUUGUUUUUGUUUUUAAUUUACUUGUCGCAGAAAAUAUGUUGAAAAAAAACCCCUACAUCUAGUUUAUUGUAAAAAAAAAUAGAGUAACAACCAAAUAAAUUCAAGAUAUUUGCAAAUAAAUGGUGUCCUAACAUAUUGCGGUGCAUUUAAAAAAUAUGAAAUAUCAUGAAUAAUUAAAAAUACUUGGAUCAGGAUACGUUCCCUUCUCUUAUUACGAGUAAAAAAAUUGGCAAUAUUUGGUUUUGUAGUUAUACACUUUAUGUUAAUAUGUUUUCAGAUAAUUGACAAAAUCUUAUUGUUUUUCAGCGUUUCAAAAUAACAGUCUACAAUAGCUGUAAGAAUAAAAAUGAAGAAUUACAAUAUGUUACAAUAUGUUCAUGUUUUAAUUAUAUGAAUAAAUAAUCCAGCGAAUUAUUUUUUUUUUUUUAAUGAAUUACUAAACAUAACUGACAUCCAUAGUUAGAUAAAUUAGACAGCUAAAAAAUACCCAUACUUUUAUUUUAAGUUUGGUUGACUUAUGUUUUUUUUUUUUUUUUUCAUCUAAAGCACAUGGAGAUAUCCCAAGACAAUUCGUCUCACACGCUCAAGUCAGUGCCCACAUCAUUUUAUACGAGCCACCGUCCGACGAUUUUUUUUUUUUUAAUUAAUUACUAAACAUAAAUGAAAUCCAUAGUUAGAUAAAUUAGACAGCUAAAAAAUACCCAUACUUUUAUUUUAAGUUUGGUUGACUUAUGUUUUUUUUUUUUAUUUUCAUCUAAAGCACAUGGAGAUAUCCCAAGACAAUUCGUCUCACACGCUCAAGUCAGUGCCCACAUCAUUUUAUACGAGCCACCGUCCGACGGCGAAACUAAUGGAAGUGAAGGUAAACAUCGGCGUAGAGAGUCAGGCUUAUAUCACAAGCUCCGUAAAUGUCCGUAAGCAUUUUUGUCGGAACUUCAGGAAUGUCGGUAAGAAAAUGCGGCACUGAUUGAUUUUUAAAAAAAAAAUGUUUGAAGCGAAACAAAACGGGACACCUUAAUUUUUGUUAAUUUUUGUUGUUGUUGUUUUGUUUCUUCCUGAUUUUAUGUAAACCUGUUGGAUAAUAAUAUGUAAACAUGCGACACUGAUGAGAACGCUAUAAAAAAAAAGUAAUUUUAUAAAAAAAGGCUCAACUCUGAAGCUCAAAUGACAUAGCCCGAGCCAGUCAUAGCAUAGUCGUACAGAAAUUUGUGUUUUUAUUCAUUCAAAUUUUUGUUCUGCUUCUUUAAGUUUAUUUUAAAAUGUGUCCUUAAAAAUAUAAUUGUGCCUGCACAUCAACAAAAGCAAUACAAAUGUUGCACCCUUGGUAUAAUUGAUACGUGCAUUUUAUUUAUGCUAGUUUACUUGACGUGUGGAAAUGCAUAAAAUAUUCAGAUUGCAAACAUUUACUAAUUAUGAUUUUCAAUAGGUUUACAGUUAUUCAUUUGUUAAAAAAAAUAUCAUGCCAUUCAAUAAUUAACUAAUUAAAGUCACUACACUUCAUUUGAGAGGUUGGGGUUUUAAAAAAAUCUAUUAAAAAUAUUAUUGUCGGAUUUGUAAGACUAAAUGAGGUGUCAAAUGAAAGAUAAUUGAAUGGGCUAUAUGUUGUAAACUUAAUUCUUCAGUUUAACUAAAAUAAACUACCACAAAUGACAUCCGAAUAGCACUGAGUCAAAAUGGACCCAGACGUUCGCACCCGUGUACCAUUUUUGUGUGUGUGUGUGUCUAUCUUUCUUUUGUUUUUGUAUUGUUUGUUCCGUUGUCUUGUGUUGCUAUUCAAGGUGUGAAAUACACGCGUUACACAUAGUGUUUCGUAGUGCUACAUUCACAUGGAUCAAACGAAAUCUAUAUGUGUAAAGCUAAACACCACUCACAAGAUGAUGGCGAUAUCUCAAGAGGAAGUGUUAUGUACGAUUUCCCCGUGCCGUGAACUUUGUUUGACCACAAAUAAGAUUCCUAGCAGACGCUACAUUUGUUGUGGGCGUGGUUUAAUCUCUUUUGAUAUGUCGUGUUUACUAUCGACUACCAAUAAAACAUGGUUAGUCUGUCUCCUAGUAUCUUGUCGAACAUUCUCGAUUUGCCGAGAAACGUAAACAAUGUCUGAGUAGUUUCUGGAAGGCAGUGCCUACGCUGCAUAUAUAAGGGAUUGACAGGGACGGAGGUUCACGGAGAUUAAUAGAAAGAUUCAGAUAGAUAUUAAUAACCUUACGAAACAAUUGUAUUAUUUCUUUGUGUGCUCAUAAGUGUUUAUUCGCAUUGAUCAUUCAUCAGUAUUAAUUGGCACAUUGUACUAGUUGUGUACCGGUACAAGAUUUUCCAAUACUCUGUAAGUUGAUGAUUUGUAACUAUAUUUCUUUUGUUUUGUAAUUUGUAUUAUUGCUAAAUUAAAUCUUAUGAAUUGUAAUUGGGAACUGUUUUUGCGUGUCGUAUCUUUAUAAUUGUAUUUCUCCAUGGUAUCGUCCGUUGUUGAGCACUGUGUGAACGAGCCAUAACGUAAAACAAGAGAUUAAUUUCUCACAAUAGAAGCCAGUGAGUAACAAGGAGUCUUAAGAAGUUGACAUCUUGCAUGGUGAUUCCUCUUAUAAUCUAGAGUCUUGAGAUCUAAAAAAAAAAAAAAAAAAAAAAUUCCCAGCCAAUCCAUUGACUAAUUUUGCUAUAAUUUAGAUUUCCAAAAUGAAAGCCCUCUAUAUGUUUCUUUAAAAAUUCAUAGACUGUUUAAUAUAGUUUCCUUACGUGUUUCGUUCUCUCAAACACUGUUGCGAAGUAAUGGUAUUCACUUAGUCUCUAAUAUUUUCACCAUUUUUUUCCCCAACUUCGUCAACUAAGAUCACGUUGUCACCAUGAUGAGAAUCACCCAGACAGAGUCAAGUACCAGCUCUGGACAUGCACGUGGGGUCUACAUCAACACCGACAGUGUGGUGAUCUUAUUCUCUGGUGAGACGCCCGUGGAAAUGUCUAUCAUUGUGUCGUUAUCUUUUCACCCACUGGCCGCUACACUUAGGCUUACGGGCAGACAUAUAAUAAAAAGGGAAAUAGAAUAAACAAGUGAGAAUUGAUUAUUUUUACUUUUAGCGAUGUUCUUCCAAGGUUAAUAGUAUACAAUUAAAUAUAUGUGAUUUAGAAAUAAUGUGUUUAAUAUUUUAAAAUAAAAUCGAACUUAAUCAUUUAAUAAACACUCAUUUAAAAAAUGAGUUCCACCACCAUUUUGAAUGAGGCGUAGUUUAAAAAUGAAUUUCAAAAUACACAAUUUAUCCCAAAAAAUCUUUUGAAAAUAUUUGCAUUAAAAAUGCAUAAAUAAAUAAGCUUGAAACUAAAUCUAAACUUUUUGUUUCACAGGAAUAAGCAUCUUUAUCUUUCAUUUUAUCCGUGCAUUUAUUUGUGACAAUCGGCUAAGGAUUAACUCAGCAAAUCUCAAACUAAACAACACUCUUACAUGGGUUACUUUGAGUAAUCAGCUCAGCUGGGCUUCAAAGCGUCACAUGUGAGCUCAAUACACAUUGUCCCUGUUUGUGGCUCAUUUUCUUCUGUUAUUGCUUCGGACGUCGCAGUAACACAAUAACACACGUUUUUUAGCUGAUAUUUUUUUUUUGUUGAAUGGUUGGAUAUAAAAAGGACACCGAUUACAACAAUCCUUACAUCUCAACACUGCCACAUGACUGUCUCUAAAAACACACACACACAUACAUAAAACACAUCAAUUAAAAUUGUUUAAAAAUCAUACCUAAAAAUGUAAUGGCACGCUGUAUGUGAUUUCAGGUUUCUAUUACGUCUACACCAGUAUUGAAUAUAAUCUUAAUAAGACCAAUUCUUCACUAAAAUGGCAAAAGGAGGUAUGCUUUAUAUAAACCUUCAUUUUUCUGAAAAGGUUUGUGCUCUUGAUUCUUUUUAAAAUAAUAAUUAUUGUUGUAUAAAAAAAAAUGAUCAAAUUGGUUUUGUUUCUCAAAUAAGGAACAUCAAAUCUAUGCUAACCAUAAUUCCUCUAUAAUGAACAUAUCUUUGCAUCCGUAUUUAAAAAAAAUUCAACAAGAAACAGGAUGCUUUGAAAUAAAGAAUUUUUUGAACAUUUAUUGUUUAUUAUCAUAUCGGCAGUUUUCAUAAUUUUUUAUUCUUCUUGGCAUUUAGCAAUUAACAGUAUGAAUUUGCAUAAUACAAGUUCAAAAGAUUUCAGAUGAUUUUAUUUGUAGUGUAUAAACAACAAACAUUUUUAAAAAUAUUAUUUAUUGCAACGAUGCACACACAAUUUUUAAAACUGAAAGUUCUGUUGACAAUUGAGGAAAAGUGCGAUUUUUUUUAAAGGGAGCCGGGGGUUGGACUAGCAGUAUUUAAUCAAGCUCGCAGUUUUGGUUUAGAGCAGUGUAAAAAUUGUUAAAGGGACCCAUUCCAUCCCUAGUAGAACAAGCAAGUGUACAAAUGGAUAUUCUAAAAAUCUAAGAUUGCUUAACAUUACUAAAAACUUACAGAGCAUAUUUUAUGGCAUAUCACUGAAUUACUAACAGUGUUCACGAACUAACGAAAAGAAAGACUUGCACGGUCCGUUCCCUUCUAAUUAAAGAAAAAAACAAAAAGAUAUGGUUAGCUGGUUAAAUUUUUUUUAUCAUUGAAUGUUUACACGUUCAUCUUUGAACAGACAACCUGGUUCCACUAUGUGCACCGAAUAGGCCCAAACAACCCCAUGAACACGGGCGUGCUGCUAAGAACAGUUUACAAGCCAUGUCAACUCUGCCAUGAUUUACCAGAGACCAAAUAUACUGGUGAGCAUGUGUGUUACUUUUGGUGUUUUUGAAAGUGUUUUUACACAGGUCCCUUGUGUUACUUGACGUUCGACUAGCCCGGCCUCUAGAGCUCUGUCUAGGGUAUGAUACUAUUUCCUAAUGAAGUACUCUAAACUCAUCUCACUCUAACCUUCAAUGACACUCCCUCUAGCUCUCACUUCUAUUGAUGCUAUCACAUACUAAGAAACACAGGUGGUUCAGCGCACAAAUAAAUAUUUAAUUAUAAAUAGAAUUAACGACACACAUACACAUGUAAAGCAAUGACUAACUAUACUGACUAAUACUUCAGACAAUCAAUAAAACUCAUCAGUACUUUUAAGUACUUUCAAAUAUCUCCAAGACUUUGUUUAUUUUUUUUUUUUUUUUUUUUUUUUGCUUUAGAAAAAAAUGUAAAUAAAACAUCAGUAGCCUCAUUAAGCUUACAGUUUAAAUUAAAAUAAAGUUUACAUCAAUGGUUAUAUACCUCAUUAAAAUGUUUUACAAAAACAUUGUAAUAUUAAAAAUAAUAAUGUGUACAUAUUUAUAAUACUAAUUUUUUUUGUAGAAAACGCCUACCUGAGGAUGAAAUAACUUUUAAGUUAUAAGCGAUACUAAAACAGUAUUAUUAUUAUUAACAAUUUUGUUGUUGUUGUAUUUUAUUUAAAAAACGAUCUAUGUCAAAAAUGAAUUUAUUAAUACCGAAACGUGUGAACUAAAUAUUCUGAUGUGUUACUAAUGAUUUACAAAUGUAACCAUCUGCAGGUGGCAUUUUUCAUUUGCGAGUUGGGGACCAGGUCAAGGUGUGUCUAUCAGGUCAUGGCUUUGUCAACUACGACCCCAUGUCGACAUAUUUCGGACUCAUUUUGUUAGCCUCUAAAGAACUUUAGCUUUACACAAAUGUUUAGGUUUAUUAAUAGAAUAAGAAAUUUACAAAAAAAAAUGACUUUCUAUUACAUUACAUAGUUAUUUUAUUUCAGAUUUAUACUAAUUUGCUAGAUAUUUAUAUAUAUUUAAAUUGUAUUGCUAUUUAAAUUAGAGAGUGCAU